AUGUCCAGGUUAUCAGAACAACAGAUUUUGACAAGAGCUAGAGCUUCCUCACUAGAGAAUGUUAAAAAUCUAAAUUUUUGGUAAGUAAAAUGAUCUGAUAAAAUGAGAGAUGUACUCUGCAGAGUUCUUGACUUUAGAUGUCACAGAUCGCGAGGUUUAUUUUCUAGCGGUUAAGAACCUGCUUCUGUAUUUUAUCAGGCGGUGGAUUCGAAUGGAUUUAUUUGCACUAUAUGUCACUGUACUUUUUAAUGAUACGAUAGGUCUUUUUUGGCAUUCAUUCACUUGGACGUUAUAAGGUUUUUUUACUCAAUCGACACUUCAGACUUUGUUGUCAUAGUUUCACUUAUUUUUGAUAUUAGUUACUUUACUUACACUGUAUGGUGCUCUUUCUUAACAGGGGAAGUGAUCUCAACGAUGUAAGUACUGAAUUUGUCUCUCUUUUUUUAAAUUUGCGGUACCACCUAAUAUGAGUGAUAUCUGCAUUGUAUUAGCAAUAAUAUUAUUAUUGAAUGAGGCUUAGUAGAAAAUGAAGAAUUAUGCAGGUCGAGGUGGAUAACACCCUCCGAGAGAUGUAGAAGUCAGGUGAUAAUUUGAGCCGUGGGUAUUCCUGUACAAUUAACUGUGUGGGUGUCCCUCUGAGUCUCUGCACCUGUUCAAGGCAAAUAGAGGUGAAUAUGCAACGCUGUUCCAGAUCAGACAAUAUUUGGCCCAUCUAUACUGGUAUAUAUCCGAUGGUGUUCGCAAUGUAGUGAUGUCAUGAAGAAACUUGAUCAGCAUUGUUUUGACUGUUUUGCAGCUGUGAUGGUGAUCAAGAAAUGCAUUUAGCGAUUACUUGCAAUUGCUUAAGUAUUUUACAGAGAACAAUUAAGCAAUUUGGAGCAGUAGCUUGAAGUAAAUAAGAGCAAAAAUCAAGAUUAAAGAACAUUUGUCAAUGCGUCUCACUUCUCAGAGGGUUUAACAGCUUAAUAGGCCGUCGGCCGGAAUAUCUUUGUUUGUCAAAAGUAGUUUGGCUUUUUACUGUCAAAACUUUGCUUUUCCCUGAAAAUUAUACCUUUUAAUUCAUUUUACACGGAGGGAAACCCACAAUGAAUUGUUUCUUUUGGUCUUUCCUCACCGAUUCAUGUGACCGAUGGUGAAAAGACUGGUUUCAGCUCCGUACAUUGAUCCCCCGUUGAAUCCGAGAGUGAAUUCAGGCCAAAAUGAUGCACAAUGGCUUUGAAAUAAGUGGUUAAACUUAUUUUCCUCAAAUGCAUCUUCAAAUUCUUGGUAAAAACAGCUUCACCAACUUCAAACAAUGUCAACGACAGACAAAUAUGGUUUGAGCUUAAUAAUUUCACCUGUUCAAUUAUUGAGUGGCAGCGUGGCCCAAGUGGUAUAGGAGUUGUACGCUAACAGCCAGUGGUUAUGUUGCAAGUUCAAAUCACUGUGGCUCGCAAUUUCUUUCUUUCUUGUAGAUCUUUUUUUGUUGUUGUUUUGUUUUCUGAAAUUCUUUUUGUCAUAUUUUUUCCCUUUUCCUUUCUUUUGGAAUUAUGUAUUCCUAGUAUGAAUAGGAACCUUGUUCCUGUGACUGGCUCAGUGAUGAAAUGACCUCACCUAAACUUGAUUGAGAGUCAGAAUGAAGUGAAAUAUAUCCCUCUCCAAGAAAUAUAUAUAUUGUUCACUCUGUCCUAGAGUAGGUGAGGCAAAAAGCCUUUUGAGUCGCACAUACCUGUUUAGCCCAUAUAUUACUCCCAUAUAUGGGAGAACCCUCGAGGUGGAACCCUCCCCCCCUACCGGGAUUUUGAGCAUGAUAUGCCUGAUACAUGUAUGCAUGAUAUGCUAAACUUUCUGUGAACUGUGUUCUGAUAGUUUUGAGAACAAUGAGCUGAACUUACAGCUAAUUUGUUUUACAGAUCUCAGUUCUACGACAAAUGCCAAAUGUUGAAGUCCUUAGCCUCAGGUUAGAUAUUCUUUAGUUUAUUUCAAUGUAAUUUAUCACCACGUAUGAGUGAACACACUAAAGCUCCACUUAACUGAAGUCAUUGUAUUAAGAUGCUCCUCUUUUGUUUUAUUUUGCAGUGUAAACAGCAUAACCAGUUUGAAGGACUUUGCACAUUGUACCAUUCAGAAUAAUUUAAUUUAAACCAUGAUAUAGUUAAGAGACUUGCAAAAUACUCAUCUGUGCAUAUAAGAUCAUUAGCCACAUAUUCUAAACUUUCAAAAUCGCACAUGAAACUCACCAAAGGGCCAGGUUUCAUUUGUUAUCCACUAAACUUUGUCAUAUCCAAUAACAAAAUGUAGGACUUUUUUGGGGGGGGGGGGGAUAGGUGAUACCAGAUAUGGACCUGAAAGUUGAAGUUUGGUGGAUGCCAAACUGCUGGGACUUGGAACAUCAUGUUUGAAGUGUGUACUCAUUUGACAGGGUGCCUAUAAAAUAAUGUUUACAGCAAUUUUUAUGUGUGUUUACUUCACAUGCAUGUGUAUCAUGCUCCAUGGAAAAUUGCCCUUCAUAAGUUUUAAUUAAUUAUUGUGACUGUAUAUUGAUGGAUUGCACCUGUCCAUUACAUUACAACACCAGAAAUACUUUUUCCCUGUUUAAAUUUCUUCAUGUCUUCCUGAUUUUAUAGAGGCUCUGGAUUUUAUUCCUUUUGUAGGGUAUGACCCUUAAUGACAGCUCUGCUUUUGUAAAGACUUAGUGACAAACUGGAAACUUACUAAAAAUAUUUUAAAAAAAUGUUUGUUAAAUAAAACACUAAGAAUGAUUUUAAUGAUAGAACAAAUGACAAGGACAUGUUUGUUGUUGUUUUUUUGGUUUCUCUUUUGGUCUUGCAUAAACAGGUCCUAGGUUAAGAGAACUCUAUCUAAGGAGAAACAGCAUUGGGAACAUUGAUGAAAUUGGAUUUCUAAAGAACCUUCCAAAACUUAGAGUACUGUGGCUGUCCGAUAAUCCUUGUGCUAAUAUAGAGAAUUAUAGAAUGACAGUACUGAGGAAUUUACCCAAACUUACAAAGUUGGAUACUGUAGGUAAGCUAUAACUGAUAUACCAAGUUGUGUGAGAAAUGGAAAGGCCACGAGGUGUGACAAGAAAAUGAACAUAAUUUUCAUAGUUAUGUUACUUUUUUGUUUUAUAGCAUAUCUGGAGUUCGUAAAAUCCAACUAGUGGUCUAUUAUCAAUGCUGCAUUCUGAUUGGUUGAGCUACUACUAGGCUAUAAUUUUAUGUUAUAGCCCCUAGUAGUAGCGAACAGCGCGGGCUUUUUGGCGGCAAAAAAGGAUUUAAGUCUAGCUUUAACUAGCUAAAAGUUUUUUAUUCUCGAUAUUUUUGACCAACUAGUUGGAUUUUACUAAAACAAUUAUUCCUCUUGCCCUCAUGGCCUCUGAGUCAAAAUAAUUGUUGAAUAGAUUUUUUUCUUAGAGGGAUACCCAUCUUUAAUCAAACUUCCAGUUAUUUACUUAUUGCUUUAUGCUGUCUUAAUUUAUUUUAAAAUAACCUUGACCAGUCAAAUUCCUCACAUAAUACAUGUGAAAAGAAUGCUUUGAAAUUAUUAAUACAGUGGAACCCUUCAUCUGGGUGUCCAUAUAUAGCGGGCCCCCUGAAAAAAUGUCACAAACACACAAUUUAUUUAUUAAUUAAUUGAUAUUAGAACUGAAACAGAUAAAAAGAAGGAUAGGGCCAAAGAAUGUAGCAAAAAGCCAAGGGAGACAAACUUACGUAUUGGGAGGCAGAAAACUUUGUAAAAGGGCUUCAGUACAAGGGUCAAACACAGAAAGAAAGAAGGACAUUAUAUAUGUCACUCUAUUUUGCUACUGUGUUUUGAGUAGUAAAAUUGUAGUAACUCAAGAAACCUUUCAUCAUGUCUGCAAUAAAAUAUUAGCACAUGAUUAUAAUGACGUGCGAAAAUAGACAAUGCACAGGUAAUCAGCAGACGACGAUCGAAUAGUAUCCCAUGAUGCACCUCGAUUCAUGUUAUAUUAUCACUGCGUACGUGACACAUUAUGAUCAGUAACCUUCAGCACGCGCGAAGUGAACAUCGAUCGCAGUGCCUGAUGUGGAUGGUUUCCAAACAUGUUUCGGCUCAGCAGCUUCUGCUUUUGAGAUUAUCGAGUUGGCUAAUAUUCACUGUGCUUUAAAGGAGAAUUUCAGCGUUGCUUUGACUGAGAAGGGUUUUACAUGUAUUUCACUGAUCUGUCGAGAACUACUUGUGCCGCGCUCGGUCGCACUGUAAACACAAAUUAUAAGACUCGCAAUUGAUAAGCUUCGCUAGGUUCACUAGGAGAACCCAGGCCAAAGGAGAACCAAAACUAUGACUGAUCUAUAAAGUGGUUCCAACAAAACAUCCGCUACGCUGUGAAGCUAAUUACCAAAGGAUAAUUUAUUACAGCAUCGCGCUCAAAGGAGCUGAAGUUUACAAUGGCAGUUACAAAUAAAAUUUAACCUAUCGAUGCGACAAACAAUUCUCUGAAGCACAGUCUACCCGGUACUGACUCAAGCAAUCUUCAAGGAAAUUUCCUGGCCAGAAUACUGAUCUGUUCUUUUGAAUAAGUAAAGUUCUGCAUGAUGUUUCUUUUUCAAAUUCUGAGCAGGCUUCAGUUUACGUUGUGCCGGCUUGCAUGCUGCGUGGUUCCUUUGUUUGGGUUCUUUUCACACUGAAACACACCGUUAUACACCCCUCCUUCUUCGAAUUAAAAUAUUUAUAGUCAAAUUCCUUUUAAAAAUAACCUCUUUGAAAAUACAAAGUGAUUGCUUCGGCAUAAAGCGCUCUCAAAAGCGCCCAACAGAUUGUAGCCUUCAUCAGGCUUUACACAUAUAUUAUGACACAUGGCGUUGAAAUGUGAUAAAAGAUUCGAAAUUUCAGCCAUCUUUGGUCGACAAAAAAGUCUCCAAAGUGUGGGUACUUCUGGGUACUUCUUGGCCUGUACAAUAUCCAGGACUUCAUUUUGCUGGCGUGAGGUCCACAUUUGUAAGAUUUCAACACAUAUUCCCAAAAACCUUGAAUAUUCAAGACCUGGUUGUGGGUCACUGAACACUUUGUGAUGGGAAGACUAAUUGAAACCGUGAAAAUAAAUGUUUCUAAGUGGAAACUUCGCUCUUAAGCCAUUGCAAAUCGGAGAAAUCAUGUCAAAUAACGAAAUAACGUAAUUUUUUUACUUUUACUGGAAACCGAGUGAGAAAAAAGCAGACGAGAAAACGACCUUAUUUCAAGAUGGAAGCUGCUAUGACUGCGAUAUUGCGUGAUGCUUCUGGAAAAAUGCAUCAUGGGAUACUAUUCGAUCCUCCUCUGGGUAAUCAGUGUCCAUAAACAUGGUUGACGAUAAUCUGUGAAUCUGACUCAGGAUACAGAAAAAUGUUGUCCUUAUUAAGUGGGUUAAUUUUGGAGAGAAUAUAUGAGCUUACAAUAAGAAAUAUAAUUGCUUAACAGAGAGGGGGAGCUUAUUAACUUUUCUCCUCUGGAAAGUGGGGGGCUUAAUAGAGGAUUUACGGUAUACAACAUAUGUUAAGAUACUAGUAAUUAUCGGGUUAAAAAUUAAUUCUGUUGGGACAAACAACACUGUCUGUUACAUACUGAUGUCCACAUUGCUGGUAAGUGGGUGACCAUAGUGUGGGGUUCCACCGUGUAUAAUAUUUUGCACCAAUAUGACAAAUCCACCUUAGUCAGCUCAUUGUUUUGAGUGGCUGUUAUUGAAAUUUGCUACAGUGACUCCAGGGCUGCAAAUAACGGCCGGUCAACGGACAAUGUCCGGUCAAAAAUAGAUUUUGUCCGGGCAAAUCCUUAGUUGGCCAGACAAUUUGUCCGGUCGUUUACGCUGGUAAGGAAAAAAUUUAGAGUUUCAAGUUUUAAAUAUUUAAAGGUUCAAUAUUAUUGGCGUUUGUGAAAAAGGAGGGGAAAAGACGGAUACUUAACUACCAGACCAAGAACUUUUAAUAAAUGAUUCGUAGUAGUCAUAAAAUUUCCGGCUGUCGUUGCACAUUUUCGCUUUGUCAUUCACCAAGCCGUCGCCGCAAAUUAGUGGGUCUUAAAGAUGUGGUCCGAACAUGCUGAAGCUCCCCCCACGCACGCGUGAAAAAACCUCUGGUACCCAGGGUAAUGUGUACCGGUCACGGGUGUGAAUUACUUUAUUAGUAGUCCGUGUGGGUUUUGUAAACAUGAUGUGAGAAGGACAACAAAACCUCUCAAUGUCCGUACAAGGGUCAUGGCACCCUUUGUCUUCAAAAUUUAAGUGUGAAAAUAACAAUAACAAGAAAGCAAGUUUACAUUCAUUUGUUUACUUUGUCGACAUUUCCGUGUUAAUCACUUAAGCUAUAAAUACCGCGAUUAACUAAACAUUCUAUUUUCUAGGGAAGCAAACCUUUUUGGCAGUAAAUUCAGAUAUGACAACAUGUAAACUUUACCUGGCCUAAAUAGGUCUAAAUACGCAAUUCAUCUCAAACGAUUGACUGCAGAUUUCAUUGUGUUACGUGUCACGCAUGAUGCGUGGGUUGUUUAUACAAAAUAUUUGAAAAAUUCUUCUCAAACUUGACUGAAGCACAAAUCCAGUUAAGUUUCACCGUUGACAGGGCGAAACACAAUGGAUUAGAAAGAAAUUGUAUUUGCGAUAAUCCUUUACAAAUGUUGUCAAUGUGGUAUGUAACGAGUUCAGUUUAACAGGUAACAUGUGAACAUAGUCAUCAACGUCUUCAAAAACCCUUUCCAGUGCAUCCGGGGGUUCCCUUGUUAUAUGUCCAAACUGCGUUUCCGCAAGAUGAUGUCCUCGGAUGUCUAAAAUAACUCUUCCAUUAUUGUAUUUUAAAAGUUCAAUCACGCAUCUUAGGCAAAUAGCUUCCCUGUUUCCGGUAACAUUUAAAAUCAACUAGAUUGCAAGCCUCAGUCAAUUUCAUCAACUUCAUAACUAACCGUAUAUAAGACGCAGAACUGAAGCAAUGGUAGGACGCACUUUUGCUGUACCAUGCUUUCCACUUUUCCUGCAUUGAGAUCGAUGCCCAUGUAUAAUAAAUGCUUUGAAAAUUUACUUGUUUCAUAUUUAAAUUAACAUCAUGUGAAGGGAGGAGGGGGCACUUUUAUAGCAACAAGACGUAAUCGAUGUUUGUCCGGCCAAAGAUGGGAUAUGUCCGAGCAAAAAUAGGUUUGAUCGGACAAUUUGACCGGCUCCAGCCGGGAAAUUAUUUGCAGCCCUGGACUCUCCAUGGUGACUCAACACAGUGACAGGGGAUGAAACAGGACUUGCAUCCCAAUUGAUAUCAACCCCUCCAUUACUCACCCAGCCCAUGAAAGGUUGUACUUCACCACCAGGGUUCCACGCCUCCUACUCUUUAUGAAAAUCAGAACAGUGGAAGAGCUGUGGGGUUGGGCCUACAGUCUUUGUUUUUAUCUGAGAAGACUAGAAUGUCUAACCAUUUGUAGAUGUCACAACAAAGGCAGCAUGUUCUCCUCAGUUACCUUAAGACCCUGAGUGUUGGUCUGGCCUGGGUUUGAGUGCUUACCCAAUUGAGCUAACCGGGUGGCAGUUUGAAAUGCAACACAUCUAGAAAGAUUUACGCUGGUAUACAACUUCAACUUCACUGUAAUUACCUUUUAUUGCAUUUGUUUCACUGACUUACCAGUUGCUCAUUAUUUUAUUAACUCUUAUAAACUUUUCUUUAUUGAUAAUGAAUACUUUUCUUUAUUGAUAAUGAUAUGACAGGAGAAAAUUUAUUUUGGUCACUCUUGUUAUUCAAGGGUUAAACAGCUUUAAAAUUUGUUUUCUUUGAUUUUCAUUUACAGUUGUUGAAGAGGCAGAAGUUUUUGAGGCAUCAAAACAGGGACAGGAGAUCCCCACCCCUGAAGACAUCCCAUUUUACCUUGACUUUACUGCCACAGCAGAUAAGGUAAAUUAAAUUGGAUUUCUGAUAUGUCAUAAUUCCAUCACAGGUUAUCCCUGCUCGUGGGCAAUAUUGUUUUCUUUUUGAUUUGCUACGUCUGCUAUGGCAGCCAAAGGCUGGGAAUUUGCCUGGCUAUUGGAAAUCUAAUUAGGACAGAAUAUAAUCUAUCAGGAAAUUGAGUAAAUUUAAUUUUCAGUGGACAAAAACCUUGUACUAGAAUAAUUUAAACAAUAUCACAUUCUUUUUUACAUAUUUUUUCAAGGGCUAUAGGUGUAAUUAGUUAUCUGUAAUAACACCAAAGAAAAUUUCCUAUGACAGCCCGAGAAAAUAAAUGUCAAAGUUCACAAAAUGACAUCUUACACGUGAAAUUUUCAGAAUUUUACCUGUGUUUUCACAAUUCUUGUGAAAUUUGACAUCUAUUUUAUUGGGCUCCCAUCAGAAAUAGUCUUUGGUGUUAUUACAGAUACAUGUAACUAAUUAUAUUUAUAGCCCUUGAAAAAUGUAAAAAAGAGUGCAAUGUUGUUUCAGUUAUUCUGGUACAAGGUUUUUGUCCGCUGAAAAUAAAUUUAUUACUCAAUUUCCUGAUGGAUUCCGUCUUAAAGUCUUAGAUAUUGGAACAUGUAGGGAUGUUGUUAGAAGCUGGUUGCUGACUAAUUUCAUAAUCAUAUGGUAUCUGUUUUUGCUUUUUAGAAUACUCUUAAAACUGAUGUUGCAAGAGAUGACAAUCCACAGAUUUUUGCAGGUAAAGACUUGUAACAAUAUAUAACCAAUGUUACCUUUAAUAAUUACUUGCAAAUUGCCCUAAAUGACUUGAUUGGUGAUUAAGUUGCAAUUAUUUGUAGAAAUGUAAAUACAUGAAAAAAAAAAUACAGUAUUUCAUUUCAUAAGGAAAAGACAAAGAAGGUGGAAGUUUGGCAGUUUCUUGAAACUCCAAGGGCUGUAUUCAGGCAAGAAAAUGAUUGAGAAUAGUCUUCAUUUGGAUUGAAGGAAUAUGAUCAUAAUAACAAAGCUGGUUGUAAAGGUGACUUCCCCACAGCUUUUAUAAACAUCAGUCCCUGUCAACAACAGUCCUAUCCAAUCAAAACUACACUUACCAUAACAACCACAUUCCACCUCCAUAUGAAAUGACUCCUGGGUUCAAACCUUUCACUCUGUCCCCAAAACAUGGCUUUAUAAACAUGGUGGUCAUGAGGCGACCAUCUGUAAAAAAAGUAAAUACUUAGUUUUAACUGUAUUGCUUUCUUUUUUUGUGUUAUUUAUGUUAUUUUACUUAUUUCAUUGUUAUUGACAGAAAAUGAUAAAUCUGAGCCAUCACAUGACAAUUUAGUAAAUGAAACCAAGUAAGUCUAUCCUUACAGUCAGUGCAUGUUUCACUGGUAUUUUUCCUACGUAACAAAAUUCUGCUCAUCAAUGUGGUACACAUCUUUCAUGAUCCUUGUACAAUGAUGGGAUGGGUCAGCCAUGUUACAUAGAGGUACAGCAAAACAAAGGACUGACCUGGUAAAAUAAAAAGUUGGAAUAAGCGGUGAUAUUAUAAUAGCUUGUUUAACUGUUGGUGUUGUUUUCUGAGAGCACAAAUUGGCAGCAAAUUAAAGCUGUGAGAGGUUAGAUGGCAAGUGGGCAAAUGAGAAGUGAAGCUGCGAAAACAUGUAAAACGUUGUUUCCAUCCUAUUCUCCAAAGGGGUUAGCUGUAGGUAUUAAAAAAAACAGCAAAUUAAAAUCACAAGAAGUACUCUUGUUUAUCGCUCUUUUUUGUUCACAGUAAACUUCGAGCUCAGUUAGGACUCAAACCACUUUUAUUGGACGAUCAUGCCAAUACUACUGCAGCCAUGACAACAACAAGUGCUGAGAAGAAAGCUUCUGGAAAUUCCAGCGAUUCUCGAGUGAGUUUUUUUUCUUUUGUAAGUAAGGCUUAUCUCAAACAUCGUGCUGCAGUUGUGCUGAACUACUUCAAUAAUUGAUCAAAUCUAACGAAACAAAUUGGCAGCCAAACUCAUUUUAUAUAUAUUUAUGAGUGCAUUGGAAUAACUAAGUGGAAGACAUUUUUAAAAGUUGAUGAAACUGUUAAAAUUAUUAUUAUUAUUAUUAAAUUUAACCGUUGAAGCCAAGUCAUGCUACAUCAAGCAAGGCUAGCACAGUAGUAGCACAAUAUUUUAAAUGAACCACACCUGAGCUUUUAUUAACACAAAUUUGUUUUUCUCUUUCUUUUCAGAAUCAAAAUAUUGUGUCUGCCGUUCGUAUCUUGGUUCAAGAUCUGGAUGAAACAAGCCUUCUAACUCUUCGAAAUGAAAUAGACCAACGGCUGCAAAGUCUAAAUAAAACAUACAGUGAAUCUAAGAACAGUCAUGAGCAGUUGGAGGAGAAAGAAUUAAUCACUGAUUGAAUAACUCAUAAGCAUUACCUUAACGACAACGUAGCUAGUAUUAUGCUUAUUUCAGAGCUAACAUGAUAUCAGUCAGUUAAAAAGGGUGCACUUCACAAAUGCCACUGUUGGGUAAGCCUUUCUGAUUUGUCAUUAGCGACUACUGUGACACUGCUGUCAACUGUCUGUAAUGCAGACACCAAAUUGGACAGAGUCAAGUGUCUACAUUACAGAGUCAUCUGUAUUACAAUAUGGACACUAAAGAAACAGAAUCAAAUGUCUGCUUUACUGAGGUAUCUGUAUUAUGGUCACCGACAUCUCCUUAUCAUAGAUACCAACUAGACAGAGCCUAAAGUGUCCAGUGCAUUACAGGGGGUCAUCUGUAUUAUUGUCAAACCUCCUGAAUACAGGAAUAAGGGCUUUUCUCCAGGUAUCCCUUAAACUACAUUCUGAGCAUAUGAUUAAAUCUUUAAUUCUUUUAAAUCAAAACAUAAAAUCCUCCUUUCCCGUUCCCUUUCUUUCUUAGAGCCCUGACUUAAAGCCCUAAGGUAUUAAAGGAAGCAGUAUCUUGAGUGAACUUGUCUU